AUGGACAUCCUCCGGGCACGUCGGCAACAGUUAAUGAAGCCGAAAGAGUUCUCAGCAGCAACUCGAAAACCAGCCCAGUAUUAUAAAGAUACGACGUCUGACCUCCAAUCCCUCCCUGAGACGACCUUCACAAGGCCCGGACGUACGAGAAGUCUUACAGCUGGUCGGGAAAGAAAUAACACAGCAUUUAUAAAAACGAAUCUCACGAGAAUCGGACGGUCGUUGGAACAUUUACAAACAAAUUUUGAAGAAGAACAAUCAGAGAUCUCCCGAGAAUUUGAGAAGAAACUUUCCCAAGUGAGUACGUCCAUCGGUGCCAGCAUCAAUGACAUCAGAGACCGACUUACUGCGCUGACGUCAUUACUAGGAAGGAAUGACGUCAGUCAGGACUCUGGUCUCACUGGAUCUAUAUCAAAAAGUGAAAAUAGCCUCGACCAAACAGAAGACGGGAGUUUGCCUUUCCAAUCAGUAUCUUUUAGUCCGCAAACCCCGUUAAGCCCGAGCCUUACAUCGGAGAGCUUGGAUCUGGUCAAUAUUCGUUCACUUCCAGAGAAUAAUAGAGUGUUCAAUCCCUCAACGUCUAAUACGCGAUCCACUAGUCUUGAUCUUGUAAACGCUUGUUGCUAUCAGUCUACUAAGAAACAUCCCUCAAACGUUCUUGCUAGCGUUAAAUCCAGUGACAGUGGACUUGGCAGUUCGGAAUAUAAAUACUCUGACCGAAGUGAUAGUUCUAGUACCACAUACCGGACGAUUGGCGGACUCGAUUAUCCGUACGGAAAGCGGAGACAAUGGCGUCCGAUGAGAUCCAACAAUUACCUGGAACUAAUGAAAAGAGGGUAUUGUAACUGGGUUCCAAAAUAUAUGACAAACAACAUGUAUAGUUGCAGUAGUGGUGACGUAACUAACGUGAACGUAUCUGGUGACCUACAGAAUAAUCCUAGAAAAGAUAUUGGUUACCAAACACGAAAGGACACUGACGUUGAUAGUGCAAUAAAAUCAAGCAAUGUGGCUCCAACAAACUGUGACGCUUACGAAAAAGAAAACGAUGAAGGAAGCACAAGCACAGAUCAUGGUGACGUAAUGAUUUCGCAUAUAUCUGACGAACUGAAUUCUGGGACGGCAAUGGAAUGGCGCUCACAUAACCGUUAUGAUCCGACAGAUUACACGGAAUUGUCUGCUCUAAAGGUAGACCCCCCAGCCACACGGUACCCGCCAUGGCUGUUUCCAGAUUUCUACAGUAAUCGAAAUAAUGAGGACGAGUACCCGGAUGUAUUUGAAGAUGAAAAUAGAACAUGCAAAUCAGGAGCAUCCUAUAAAAACUUAGGAGAACCCGCUAGUGAGCCUCGUGAACAGUGGCAGUGGGGCGUUGCCCGAACAUUGUGGCAGGGCUGGUCGCUACCCGGUCUGAACGUGGAAGUGGAAAGACAGCUAGUCAGUAAACUUCAAGAAAACAGAGUUUUCCGAAAACAGCUAAUUGAUGCCCACAAUGCAUUGCGAGGUUGCCAUGGAAGCCCGAGGCUUGCGGAAGUGGACGAUUUGACACGUGAUGCGCAGAUGUGGGCUGAUAUUAUUGCAGAAAAAGGGUUCACACAAUACAGUGAACUACCUGGGAGAGGAGAGAGCAUCGCCCUUAUGGACACUAACGGGCUGGAAUUAGAUGGCGGUGAUGUGUCCAAGUUAUGGUACAAUGAAAGGGACCAGUUCGACUUCAACGACCCAAAAUGGAAAAAAGCCACCAUGAACUUUACUCAGAUGAUUUGGAAAUCUUCGACCGAUGUCGGAGUAGGCGUGGCCAAGGUCAAGGACAAGGACAAGUGUGUGGUGGUAGCUCAGUACCGACCUGUCGGUAACGGCAACAGACCAGGGGAAUUCCGAAAGAACGUGCCGGCGUCUCUAUGAUGCUUGAACAACAGAUUUUCAUAUGCACUGAAUAUAGGCGACUCUUUAAUCCUUACCUUAGAUAUUGGGUUGCUAAAAAUAUCUUGAGCGGCUCUGUGAAGUGGAAAGGUUGCCAGAGAUUCCAUUGGAAGAAGACGUUUAAUUCAUUAUCAAAACACCUAUCCUUGAACCACACUGAGAAAUGAUGCAUGUUAAGAUUGUUUACAAGUUGAUAUUGUUUACAUGUUUUGUUUGUAUACGGUCUUUAAAGUGAUGAUCCAUUUAGUCUACCUUAAUUGUAUUAGUCUGUGUAAAUUUUUAAUGUAAGUUUGUCUCCGUAGUUGUUAAUGGAUAAUCAAUGUUAUUGUGACCACAUCGUAUUAAGACAUUGUUACUAUGACAUUGUGCGUAUUUGUUUUGGUUCGACUAUCUUUUUUUCCUUAAUCUACAUAGUGACUUAUUCAUUAUGUCCGAAUAGAAAACCUGACGGUAUAGAAAUCACGUCGCCUCGCCUCAUUUGCUUGAAUGUUUAAAUGACAAACUCAAGUUCCUGGGAAUAGAUAGCUCAACUUGUGACUGGCUCUACAAAUAUCACACAAACUCACCCAGUAUUGUAGGCCUGCAUACGUUUUUAGCUGUCUUGACUACUUUACGUUUUUUUUUAUUACUUAUCCUAGUGUACAUGUUUCAUACUUAUGGCCAAGUCACCUUACACCUGACUUCUGGGUGUCACGUGUGACUGUCUCGUCCGACUUGUGGCCCGUUCACCUUGUGGGUAAUAUUUCACCUUAACUUUGAGUAGUGCACCUUGUUUGUGUAUUUUUAUUGAUUCACCUUACUUUGUCCACUUUCUAUGUUUUAUCUUGAUACUGAAAUGUGAAUAUAAUAAUUAACAAAUGGCUUCUUGUUGGUCAGUAUUGUAAAACAUUAUCGUAACCUGAUUGUUGUGCUGGUACGGAUAACACCAACAACUAGUUUAUAUAGAAAUAUUUUACUUUGUUGCAGACAAUAGUCACUCUCUGUCACAUGGUUUCUUUUUAUGAUGUUUUGAAAUUGAAUUGAUCUCAGCUUUUCAUCUUAUCUAGCUACAACACCAUGUCAAACAUUUAGAAGUUUAUUUUCUACAUUAGAGUUUUUAUCAAACAAACCAGUCUUACAGAUAUGAAGUAGUUCACUAGUUCAUUUCAAAGCUGUUACGUCAAUAAUGGGCCCAAACUGAAGUCCGUAUAACUGAGCCUGGGCUUGAAAGUCUAUCGGAGGUAUCGGAACAUUUCUGUACUUCUGGAAUUGGAAACAUUUAGAUGUAUAUCUGAACACUGAUAACCAAUAUGUAGACAUUGAAUCGUUGCCCAACCAUAAUAUUUCAAUUUCUGUUACUCAUUUUCAUCUCCCAUUGUCGUGCUUGGUUCAAAGGUAUAAUGAUAAAGUGAUUUGCUGCCAAUAUUUGCAUCGUUAAGUAACGAGAAAUAAAAACACAAAUCAUAUCCAUGUUCUUUUUAUAAAAUUUGUUUUCUCGGCAUCAUGUCCAAACUUUUAAACCAGUAUUGCAAGGGAAGCAACUCCCAUAUUACAUAUUAUAAGGAAGGGAAAUCACUCCGCUGUACACAGGGAAGAUUAUUUGACCCGGUUAAUGGACAUCACGAUAAACAUUUUUUUUCAGAUUGUUUUUAUUAUUGUAUCAUAUAUAUAGAAUUCCAGGAAAUUCUUUUCCCCAUUCCGAUAAUAACUAAUUUUUACAUGUUCAUUCGGAUAAUAACAUGUUAUCAUUUAAGUAUCGGAUCAGGUAAAAUUACUAGGAAGUUAAGGUGAUAUGUGAAUGUUUUUAUAAGGUAUACACAUGGUGAGUAGCCCCAAAGAAGAUAUAUAUAUAUAUGCUGAAAUAUGCACAUUCAGAUGUUACUUGAUGAAAAGAAAAUCUCUCCCCGUUUAUCAACAGUCUAUUCUUUUCCGACAAAAUAUGAUAACGCACGUGCGCAAGGCAUCACAUCGGUGAACAAAGAUUUGCGUUUUGUUUGCAAUAAGUGUACUUCUGGAGUGAGACAUUUACAUAAGCUUUUAAUGUCACAAUUUUCUUAUUUGUGAAUUAAAUGUCAUUUAUCAAACGACUACUUUAACAUAACACAUUCGGGUGCCGAAAAACGUAUUUACUUAAGUGUCACUACAUUUUUCUCCGCAAUAACAGGUGCUCGUUUAAAAAAAUGAACCGCCUCGUUUUCGGAACUGUCACGUGAUGUUAUCAGCUCUGAUUUGAGUUGGGUUCUCUAGUAUAUUGAGUGGUCAAAUUGGGCAUUGGAAAUUGACUUUUGAUAUCAAGAUAGCAUAGAAACAUAACGCACAACCAAUACAAAACAAAUAACGUUUUUACCGUAUGUCCCUUAAACCAAUUCAAAAUAUCAAAAUCUUAUCAAAAGAACAUAAAGGAUGUCAGGUUUCGCUAAAAUAAUUUAGUAUUCAAAAGGGAACUUCUUGCGAACGGUAAUGCAAUCCACAAUACCCAUAGCAACCAAAUGAGUUUUGUAUUUAAUUCACUCUUCUCAACAAAUAACAUGUGUAUUCAAAGAUUCUGUUCUGCAAGUCGUAGCUACUCUUGAGUCAUAUAUAUAUUAUCAUCAAUAAGGAUAGAGCAGUCCUUUAUCAUCGACACGGCCAUCAAUAACGAUGAUUAUUUAAUAUACAAUAUGUGUUGUGGUAAGCGGCAGUACGUUAGAAUGUAUACGGUGGCGACCCAAUAAAUCGUCAGAACAGGACCAGAAAGGCUGUGCUUUUCCUACAAGUAAUCUGUUGUCGAUGUCCCCCUUUUUCACAUGGCCUAAGCGGCCUGUCUGCAAUGUACAAGAUGUAAAUCAUCCGUAAAGUUAAUUUUGCCUACAUGUUAUGUGUUCGAAUAUUUGAAGUUAUCCGUACAGUUCAUAAGUCAAUUAGGCCUAUGACUUAAGUGUAGAACGGAUAUUGUGUGGUAUAUUUUUACUAUAGUGUUAUAUGUGGAGCAGUUUCAGACCCAGCAGAGUUAACCUGCACUGGGUACAAAUAUAUCUAUUUACUCAUUUCAUUUACUAAAGUAAAUAUUAUGUACAAACGAAGUGUAAUUUCUCUUCCUUGACAUCAUGUCUGUGGUUUUCAGUUCUGUUUAGAUGGUACGGUUCCCGUUCUUUAUAAUGAAAUAAAUGAAAUGUACAUAUU